AUGGUUUGCACUUUUGACAUGAACCUGUUCAUCUUCAUGUUGGUUCUCUUGCUUUUCGCUAUCGAAUCUGGUGGCCAACAAAUGUACUCAGGAAACCUCGCUCUGGACUGUGAUAACAGCGAUCAAUCAGGACCUUCUCCUGCAUUUCUCUACACCUGCAAUGGUCUACAACCAUCUUGUGCCUCCUUUCUCAUAUUCAGAACACAACCUCUUUACAACACAAUCAUGACCAUUUCAAAGCUCAUGUCAACAGACCCCAUAGAACUUGCCAGUAUCAACAACAUCACAAAUUCCAACAAAAUUUUGCCACUAAACAAAGAGCUCAUCAUUCCAGUCACUUGUUCGUGUUUGGGUCAGUACUAUCAGGCUAACACAUCUUUUGUUAUUCAUAGUAAUUCUGACACCUAUUUCACUAUUGCAAACUACACAUAUGAAGGUUUAACCACUUGUGAUUCGCUUCAAAGAAGCAACAUCUACGACCAAUAUGACCUGCACCCUGGUCAGAACCUUCAAAUACCACUUAGAUGUGCAUGUCCAACGGUUAGUCAAUCCAUGGUGGGGGUCAAAUAUUUGUUGACAUAUUUGAUUACAUGGAAAGAUUCGAUCCAAAAACUUAGUAAUAGAUUUAAGAUAAGCAGUCAAGAUUUAGCUUUAGCGAACGGCUUUUCUUCUGUGGAAGAAAAAGAGAUUUAUCCAUUUACGACUCUUCUUAUUCCCCUUUCACAUGAACCGUUAAGUUCUCAGACAAGAACACUUGGUCAUAAGCAAAGUCUUUCAAAGAGAUAUGUCAUAGCUGGGACUGUGGGAGGUAUUGCCUUGGCAAUUUUAUCGUUUGUGGGAAUUUUACUGUGGAGAAGAAAUAGAGUGAAUAAGGGGGAGAUAGUCAAAUGGGUGUUGCCUAAAGAUAUUCAACUUGGUAUUGCUAGUGUUGAUCAAAUUCUCAAAAUAUACAGAUUUGAAGAAUUAGAGGAGGCUAGUGACGGUUUUAGCCCCCAGAACAGAUUGAGUGCUUCAGUUUAUAAAGGGAGUCUGAAAGAAAAGAAGGUGGUGAUUAAACAGAUGGGUGCAAAUGCGCCUAAAGAGGUGAAAAUCCUUCAAAAAAUUAACCAUUUUAAUCUUAUAGGUCUAUAUGGCUUUUGUGAGUAUGAUAGAGCUUGCUAUCUUGUUUAUGAAUAUAUGGAGAACGGCUCUUUAAAGGAAUGGCUGCAAGAUAAGGCUUUUCAAGAAAAUCAAACUUGGAACAAUAGGAUUCGUAUUGGUCUAGAUGUUGCUAAGGGUCUCCAAUAUCUCCAUAACUUUGCAAGCCCAGCAUAUGUUCACAAGGACAUAAACAGUAGUAAUAUUCUACUCAGUAAAGAUCUACGAGCCAAGAUUUCUAAAUUUGGUCUUGCAAGGUCAGCAGAAAAGGACCAAAAUGGGAAUUCAUCUAUCAAAUGUCCUUUUGAGUCAAAGGGCUAUCUUGCACCAGAGUAUUUAGAAGACGGAUUCGUGACAACCAAGACUGAUGUUUAUGCCUUUGGAGUUGUUCUCUUGGAACUUAUCACAGGAAGGAAAGCUGUGUAUGAGCAUGAUGAUGAUGGUGAAGAAGUAAUGCUGUCAGAAGUUGUUCUCUCAAGUAUGUGUGAUGAAAAGUAUGCAAAGGAUAAGCUUAAAUACCUUAUUGAUCCUUGUUUACAAGCCAGGCACCCCCUUGGUUUCGUCAUAGAUCAAGAUGAACUAGCCCUACGAUUGAUCAAACUGAGCAUAGCUUGUUUGGAACCUGAACCAGCAAGAAGAUUAAGCAUGAACGAUAUAGUUUCUACUCUUAUGCUGAUUCAAAUGGAUGCACAGAAUUCUGAAGCAAUGUUUACGGCAUAA